GGAAGUUGGUGUCGCUAGCUUGCCGCCGCUUGUUGCUUCGCUCAACGAACAUCUCUCGCCCGUGAGGCGUCCGGUUGGAGGCCUGAGGGUCUUGGAGGUCAUGGAGGACGAGGUCUUCCCCCCGCUGCCCCCCCCCCUCUCCCCGGGUCGGGGGGAACCGGGCUUUGACGCCGACGACGAGGGCGGCGCCGACUCGUCCCAGCUGACCGACGUUCCUCCUGCCAAGAGGAAAGGAGUCAAGAGGCCUCAGCCCAAGCUGGACUCUCACAGGCUGAUCUCGGAGAGAGGACUUCCUGCUCUGAGGACCCUGUUCAGAGACGUCUGCUUCAAGGGGAGAGGCCACGAGGCGGAGGACCUGCGGCUGCUGAUGCAGAAGAUGGAGAACUGGGCCCACCGGCUGUACCCGAAGCUCCAGUUCGAGGACUUCGUGGAGCGCGUGGAGAAGCUGGGCCACAAGAAGGACGUGCAGACGUGCCUCAAGAGGAUCCGGCUGGACCUGCCGCUGACGCACGAGGCCUUCAUGGAUGAAGAAGAAGAACCGGCGGCUCCGGACUCGCCGGUGUUUCGGGAUCCGGAUCCGUUCGGCAGCUCCAGCUUCACCGACCUGCCGGUUCCGGUCCACUCCCCCCCGGCCCCCCCCGCCCUGACGGAGGACCAGCGGCAGCGCAUGGAGCUGAACCGCCAGCGGGCCCUGGAGAGGAGGCUGACCCGCCAGCAGCACACGGGCCCUUCAGACCCCCAGACCGCUUCAGACCCCCAGACCGCUUCAGACUCCCAGACCGCUUCAGACCCCCAGACCGCUUCAGACCCCCAGACCGCUUCAGACCCCCAGACCGCUUCAGACCCCCAGACCGCUUCAGACCCCCAGACCGCUUCAGACCCCCAGACCGCUUCAGACUCCCAGACCGCUUCAGACCCCCAGACCGCUUCAGACCCCCAGACCGCUUCAGACCCCCAGACCGCUUCAGACCCCCAGACCGCUUCAGACCCCCAGACCCCUGACCCAUCAGCUGAUUCGCCGUCCUGCGUCUCUUCAAACACUUCUAACGGUCGUGAGGAGGCGGCCAGCAGCCCACAACAACAACAACAACAACAACCCAUCCAGCUUCCUCUCGGCGACCCUGAGCCUCCUCCUCUUCAUCUGAGUGAUGAAGAGGAGGCGGUCCUCAGACCUGGACCCGAGUGAGAUGAAGACCAGAAGCUUCAGAUGGAACUUCAUUUUUAUAGAUUUUUUUUGUAACCAUUUCAUUGUAUUUAGUUUGUAAUAAAUAAAUGUUUAAUUUCUUGUAAACAA